AUGGCAUUCAAGGCUUUCAUCUCCCGUAUCACAUCAUCCUUCAAAUUCUGCCACUCCAAAAAUCCGUCCAACAUCCCAGAAAAUCCUAUCCAACUCUGCCCAAACCCUCUCUUCAUUGACUGCCAGCCGGCCACCCCGCUUCCUUUCAAACCCCAUCGCUCCUCCUUCAAGCACCGCGUCUCCUUCAUUUUCGGUUGUGGGUUCCGCACACACGAAGACGACCUCCCCGAAUCACCGGCAUGCAAGUGGGACGAGACGCCACAUCGCAACUACAACUCCUCCAUCUCCGGCGACUCUGACAACGAGCUCUUCCCCCCUUCUCCUCCUCCGCCGACACGACACCCUAUCACCACUUCCUCGGCCGACAGUGGUUUGUGUGGCUACGAGAGAGAUGAUGAAGAAGAAGAGAUCGUGACACUAGCGUCGUUUUCACUAAAUCGCAAGAAGAGGAUGAAGAAGUUGUUACCGUCGUUUCCGGUGAAGGGGAAAGUGGAGGAUAGCAUCGCAGUGGUGAUCAAAUCGGUGGACCCAUAUGAGGAUAUCAAGGCAUCCAUGAUGGAGAUGAUAUUAGCGAAGCAAAUGUUUGAAGUGAGAGAUUUCGAGCAGCUGUUGGAGUGUUUCUUCUCGCUCAAUUCGCGUCAUCAUCACGGGGUCAUUAUUGAGGCUUUUUCUAACAUUUGGAAGACAAUUUUUUUGUAG